AUGUCUCUUGACGCGUUCGCGAGUCUUCGCCGAUCUCCGAAAAGCGAAAUGAGCGAUCAAAAUCUCGAUACGCACAAGAUGAGCGCCACUGAUGCAAUCACACAAGAACACGGCGGAUAUCUCACAUCGAUGGGGCAAAAGUUGGGACUUCUCAAGGACAAGGUCACCCACGUGUUCACCUCGACCGAUUCGGAACACGAGCCUUUUGAGGACAUUCACAACGAUCUUGGCCAUCCAAUGAACCACAAAGGACUCAUCAAAAAGAUGAUGGUUCGCGAGAUGGAACAGGUAGCGCAUAAAGCGUCGAUGUUUCGCCGAGCAAGCUGUCCGGAACCUCAUCUUGUGGACAUUCAAGGAUGGAGGUCCCUAACCUCCUCACAUAAGAAGGGCCAUCCCCAUCCGCCAUCAAAUCAAUCACCCACUCCACCACAUCCAUCACAAAUUGCAAAACAACGCAAAUCUGUGGCUGUCACCACAGCUACAGCGAAAUCA